GAAAAAGAGGAGAGAGAGCAAAGAUCAGACAAAAUUGCAGAUUCCAUAUAAAAGCGUGCGUUCGAAUGAUUCUUCAAGGAACGUAUGUACGCGACUGCUAAUGUAUCUACUCGUGAUUUGUAGAUUAGAGAAAAUGGGUUAUUGCCCAUGCUUCGGUUGGAAGAAAGGGAUUAAGCUGAAGAGUGGGGAUGAGAUAGAAUUCAAGCAAUCCCAGGCCCUCAACCUCCCUGAUUUGUCAUCUGAUGAAUCAAAGACCAAUAAAGAGUCAAGACUGGAAUCAUCAGUUUCAAAAGAUGUUUCUGGUGCCAAUAAUAACAGUCAGACAUUCAAAUACCGAGAGCUCGCAACUGCAACAAACAAUUUUAGGUUUGAGUCCCUUAUUGGGGAGGGUGGUUUUGGACAAGUAUACAAAGGAAAAAUAGAAAGCACCGGUCAAGUUGUUGCUGUUAAAAUGCUAAAUCAGGCAGGUCUUCAAGGGGACAAGGAGUUUCUGGUGGAAGUUCUCAUGCUCUCUCUUCUGCGUCACCCUAAUCUUGUCCAUUUGAUUGGUUACUGUGCUGAAGGGAACCAACGCCUUCUCGUAUAUGAAUUCAUGCCGUUAGGUUCAUUGGAGUAUCACCUCCAUGAUCUUACACCUCAUAUGGUACCACUGGAUUGGAACACUAGGAUGAAGAUAGCAGAGGGUGCAGCCAAAGGAUUGGAUUACCUGCAUAACGAAGCAGAUCCUCCUGUUAUAUACAGGGACUUGAAGUCCUCUAACAUAUUAUUGGAUGAAGGGUUCAACCCAAAAUUUUCUGAUUUUGGGCUUGCAAAGUUUGUUCCAGAAGGAGACAAGUCACAUGUCUCUACAAGGGUCAUGGGAACCCAUGGAUACUGUGCCCCUGAGUAUGCUAUCACUGGAAAACUGACAAAGAUGUCCGAUAUCUACAGUUUUGGGGUAGUCUUGUUGGAGCUGAUUUCUGGACAAAGAGCAUUGGAUACAACUCGCGGACGUGGCAAACAUAUGCUUGUUGAUUGGGCACGUCCCAUGUUAAAAGACCGGACGAGCUUUUUGCAAUUAGCUGAUCCAAAUUUGAAAAGCCAGUUCUCAGAGACUGUUUUAUGCAAGGCUGUAGAGGUGGCAUCAAUGUGCGUCCGUGAAAAUCCUCACUCUCGUCCUUGUAUGAAGGAUGUAGUGCUUGCUUUGAAUUACUUGACUUCCCACCAUUGUGAUCCCACUGGAAAUGGUGCUAGAGGUGACAAACGUAGAAGGGCACGGCAUAGAGAUGCACGAGUAAGUGAGAACAAGGUAGAUUUCAAUGAUUCUGAGAACAGUCCACAGGAAACACCAACGCCAGACAAGGAUUUAGAACGGGAACUUGCUGUUGCAGAGGCCAAGAUGUGGGGUGAGACGUGGAGAGACAAGAAACGACAAAAUGCAGAAAAUGAUGAUGAUAACUUAGACAGGUAGUAGCAUUUGGGAGAUUUCUUUGCGGGGGCAUUGUUAGCGUUUAGAACCUCUAGAAAAAGAAAGACAUAUAAUUUGCCAUCACAGAAUACUUCAGAUCACUGUAAGUUCAGCGGACAAAAUAAUUGUGAGAAUUUAGCAAGGACCUCAGAAACAAGUGAGGAAAGUUUUCCUGCUUCACAACCGACUUCACUCUUGAGCUUAUAUUUAAUUUUCGGUUUUUAGAUUAUGUGGUGUUAUGAUCGGUAUAAGGUUUAGCAAGGACUUCAGAAACAAGUGAGGAAAGUUUUCCUGCUUCACAACCGAUUUUAUUCUUGAGCUUACAUUUAAUUUUCGGUUUUUAGAUUAUGUGGUAUUAUGAUUGGUAAAGGGUCAAUUUUGUGGAAUAAA